AUGCUUUCGGCUUUUCUCAACUUUUUUCUUCUCACUGUCAUUCAUGAUGUCGUCCCACGUCAGCCGCUUCCUGAUCUCACGUUCAUGAUCAUUCCGCAACAGAAAUGGGCUUGGUCAGUGGGCGACGUACUAUCUACCGUUAGCUCUGUUAUGGCGUUUACAGUAGUACUUCUUCAUCAUGAGCGUUGGGUUGUUUUACGUCGAAUGUUUCUUUUGGGUGCGAUCAUGUACGGGUUACGAGCUGUUGUUUUGGGUGUAACUUUUCUCCCUCCAUCCUUUCAUGAUCGCGAUGAGAUCUGUCUCUCGCAAGUGAAUCGGUCGGCAAUGUACGGGAUGGAAAUUGCGACGAGUACAGAUGUACACAUUGUCUACAACAGUUGUGCACAUUUUUUGAUCGUAAUGGAGGACGCUGUGACUUGA